AUGACAUCUCAACAAAAAGUUUUAUCUUCUGAUCGUAUUCUUAGUUUACCUAGUGUCGAUAUUGAUGAUCAUGAAUGUUCGAUUUAUCGUGGAUUACUUUGGAUACCAGUUGCUUGUCAAUCAUGUGAAACACCUUUCUGUUCGUCAUGUAUUUAUCAAUGGUUGGUCGAUCAUCCAAAACAUUAUCCAAAUUGAUGUUACAUAUGAAUUGUUUCUACCGAUCUUAUGGUUGCAAUCAAGUAUGUAUAUGAUGAUCACAUUUUCAACUCUAUACUUUCUUUUUAAUAGGUCACUUCAUAUGAAGGUUUAGAUAAACAUGAGAUUGAAUGUGAUUUCCAGCCUCGUCAAUGUCCUGGUUGUAAAUCACAAACAUUGAAAAAAGAUUUUGAUAAUCAUACGAGCAAUCGUCCAUCAAUCGAAUUGACGUGUCAAAAUUGCAAGCUCGUGUUUAAAAGAGCUGACGCUAAUCAAAAACAUACAGAUAUUAUCUGCUUGAAAGAACAAAUUCGACAAGCUUCAAGAUGAAUCGGAAAGAGUAUAAACGUGAAAUACACGAACUCAGUCUUCAAUUAGAUGAAAUUCUCAUUAUGAGUAAGUGAAUAACUAGAUUCGAUUUUCGCUAAGAUAUUGAAGUACUAAUGAGUUUAGAUCCAAGAAUAACAGAAACUAAAAUUAUAUUUGAUGAUUUACAAUGUGC